AGGCGUCGGAGGGGAGAGUCCUUAAAGGAGGAGGAGGUGGGAGUGGCGCCGCCGCCGCCGCCGCCAUCGCCCAGGGCUUCCCCUCAUGAGCGGAGGCGGCGGCGGGGAGCCGCACAGAGACGCCGCCCCGCCCUCACAGGCUCCCUCUCCCCCGCCGUCCCGCCCGGGUCCGUCCUGCGAGAAGCCUCCCGAGACCAGCUCGGUGUGCAGCCAAGGCAGCGGAGGAGGAGGCGGCGGCGGAGGAGGAGGCGUGGGCGGGGGCAGCCCCAUCUGCAAGAUCUGCUUCCAGGGCGCGGAGCAGGGUGAAUUGCUAAAUCCUUGUCGAUGUGAUGGAUCAGUACGAUAUACGCAUCAACUUUGCCUUUUGAAGUGGAUUAGUGAAAGGGGGUCCUGGACUUGUGAACUCUGCUGCUACAGAUACCAUGUUAUAGCAAUUAAAAUGAAAAGGCCUUGUCAGUGGCAAAGCAUUACCGUAACUCUGGUUGAGAAAGUGCAGAUGAUUGCUGUAAUUUUGGGAUCACUGUUCUUAGUAGCAAGUGUAACUUGGCUUCUGUGGUCAGCCUUCAGUCCCUAUGCAGUAUGGCAAAGAAAAGAUCUCCUUUUUCAAAUCUGCUAUGGAAUGUAUGGUUUUAUGGAUCUAGUGUGCAUAGGACUUAUUGUACAUGAAGGUGCAUCAGUUUGCAGAGUGUUUAAACGCUGGAGGGCUGUCAAUUUGCACUGGGAUGUGCUAAAUUAUGACAAAGCUACAGAUAUGGAAGAGAGCAACCAAGGAGAAUCCUCAACAUCUAGGACUUUGUGGCUACCACUAAAUGCAUUUAGAAGCAGAAGUUUAGUUCAUCCAACACAGUUAACCUCACCAAGAUUUCAGUGUGGUUAUGUUUUGUUACAUCUCUUCAGUCGGAUGAGACCUCAGGAAGACUCAUCAGAUGACAACAGCUCUGGAGAGGUUGUUAUGAGAGUGACUUCAGUGUAAAUGUUAGGUUCACUGUGAUACAUGCACAAAGACAAUGCACCCUGAACUCUGUUACAGUAUUCUGGAAUGUAAUUGCAAUGAAUGGUGAAACUAUAGCACAUACAAUUAUAUAAACUUUUUUUUAAUUUAUGCUUUUAUAUGAUCAGUUGAAUUGCAAAUACAUUUUCUUGAAAAAGGUUUCUUUCUUUUUAUACCAUGGUUUAUCACUUUUUAUCUAUUUGUACUUGGCAUUUAUAAAAAUAUAAUUUAACUAUAGCUUUAAUAGUGUGGAGACAAAUAUUUUAAACUACAGCUAUUUUUGAUACAUUUAAUUGUAUUUCCAAAGUUCUAAGCCAUCUCUAAUUUUCCAGACAUGAUAACUGAGAUUAAUUUGAUGACUUGUGUUAAGUAAAUUAAACAAGUUCAUCUAAUGUAGUACUUCCGUUUGGAUGGUUAUGCAUGUCUAUCCUUUUUGUCUUCAGAAAACAUAUAUAUUAUUUGGGAGGGAUGAUUGAGAGGGGAAAGCCUGUGCACUAGAUAUAUCCAAUAUGGAAUAAAGCUUAAAGUUAAUGGAAGAAAAGUAAUAGCUUGUCCUGAAUAGCUAAAAGUCAAAACAGUUUUGCUAAACUGAAGACAUUGGGUAUCUUCUGUAUUAAUAUGGAAUUCUUAUGAGAACAUUAUUAUAAAUAUUCAAUAAUAAUAUAGAUAUCACAGGCUUUUUUUACUGUACAUUUUGGCAAAUGAAAUUAAAGAGAAGGGAAAUCAACAUCUGUUUCAUAAAAGGAUAGGAAUAAAUUAUUAGAACUGUAUUCAGAACCUGCAACUACAACACAAGCAUUUAGCCAGAAUUAUUUAUUUCUCAUUUUAAUGAGAAUGACAUUUUAUUUAUUAAUUAACAGAAUUAAACUCAAUAACACAGAGAUAAAUAUUUCCUGGUUAUAUCUUAGGUCUGUCUUGCCCUGUAUCUUUUCUGUUACACAGUUCAGUGCAUUUGAAUUAUUUAGAAUCAGUCUUCCCUUUCCACAUGGAAAGGAAAUCUCCUAAAGAGUUGCUGUCUAUGCAGGAAAAUGUCUUAUUUUUACUUUGCUGACAACUUCAGACAGAGUUUCACUAUCAAGAAUAAAUCCUUCCAAGACUUCCAUGGCAUUUUAAGAACUGGUAUCUUAUUGUGAGACUAGAAGAUGAGAAAAGCUCAAAAUAGUGCUGGAGGUUCAACAAUGUAAUUUAUGGGACUCAGACUAAGGCUGCAUCUGCACUGGAGAAUUAAUAUAGUCUGACACUGCUUUAACUGCCAUGGCACAAUGCUGUUGAAUUCUGGGAUUUGUACUUCUGAGAAAUAAUUAGCAUUUUCUAUCAGCACUGUGGUUACACAACCAACUACCAAUCCCAGGAUUACAUAGGAGGAAGUCAUGACAGUUACAGCUAUGUCAAAUUGCAUUCGUUCUGGAUCACUCCUGCAGCAUGGCAACAGCUUUAGGGUGCAUCUACACUGUAGAAAAAUGUAGUUUUAUACCACUUUAAGUGCUGCACACUCCAUCCUAUGUUAU